GCUCGGAGAGGCACUUCCGGUGGCAACAGAAACUGCCACUGAUUUGUAAAGGCCAUUGCCGCGAUUUGCAGUGACAGCUGCCUCCUAACAGCGUGACAACAAAGGCAGAAGCCAAACAAAGAAAGAGGCCAAACAGUGUGGCAUCAGCGGCAGCAGCAUUUAAACAGUGUGGCAUCAGCGGCAGCAGCAUUUAAACAGUGUGGCAUCAGCGGCAGCAGGCUUUACAUAUCAGUGGCAGUUUCUAAUGAUACCGGAAGUGCCUCUACGGGCUACUGCUGCCACGAUUUGAGCUUGCCCUUACCGCAAACACAAGCAACACAGCCGACAUGGCGGACUGGGACGCUGACAGCUUCGAGCCGGAGGAGCAGCUCCAAAAGGCGGCAGUGGUGGACAAAUGGGAAGGGGAAGACGAAGAGGAAGAUGUUAAAGACAACUGGGAUGAUGAGGAGGAAGAGAAAAAUGGAGAUGUGAAAAAAUCGGAGACGAAAGUUUCUGAUAAGAAAAAGUUGAGUGAGAAAAUCAAAGAGAAAGAAAAUCGGUUAAAGAAAAAACAACAGGAGGAGCUGGAGAAAGAGCUGCAGGAUCAACAAGCAGAGCUCACUUCCGAAGAACAACUCGAAGAGAAGUUAAGAGUGCAGAAAUUACAGGAAGCCGCAGACUUGGAGCUAGCAAAAGAUACUUUUGGUAUCGGCAGCAGCACUUCGAACAGUGUCACUGGGAUCGAUGCCAUGUGUCCAUCUUCCAAAGACGACUUCACAGAGUUUGAGAAAUUGUUGAAAGAAAAAAUAACCCAGUUUGAAAAAUCUGUGCAUUAUUCAAGUUUCUUGGAUUCAUUGUUUCGGGAACUCUGUAUUUCAUUGGAAGUAGAUGACAUGAAGAAAGUCAGUAAUUCCCUGUCAGCUCUGCUUAGUGAAAAGCUGAAACAAGAAAAGCAAAACAAAGGGAAGAAGAAGAAGAAGGGGGUCGUAGCUGGAGGCGGUUUGAAAGCACAGCUGAGAGACGACCUUGACUAUGCAUCGUUUGAUGGUGGCUACGCCCAAGACUACGAGGACUUUAUGUGACACUGGCUCCAUCACUACUGCCCUUUCCUUCUCCCCACCCUCAGAAACGCAGCUGUACCUUCUCAUGCUGUCCAGUGCCAUCCUGGAAAAUCUGAACUAUGUGUUGCCCCAUUCAUUUUGCUUCAAUGACCAGAGGGACUAUACCAGGGAGCACCCAGUCUCACCAACUCUUUAUGUUCAUACAUAUGGAAUUGCCUUUUCUCUGUCUCAUUCAGCCUCAACUCACACACUCAUAAUAAUUAAGUAUCUGUUGGGUGACCCAGCUUCAACAAUGAAGAAUACAUUGUAACUGCUGUUGUCUGAGUUUUGCAGGGCUCAUUUUUUUUUUAUUGAAUGUUGCCCCUGUCAAAAUGGCAGAUACAGUAUUGCAGUUAUAGGUGUACUGACAUAGAAACACAAGGUUCUAUGCAAAUUCCUAAACCAGAAUGUCAUGUAUAUAUUAUAGGUCUCACUUACCUGUGGAUGGGUCUCUUACAGGAAAGUAUAUAGUAUCUAUAACUUUGGUUGCCAAAUGCAGAACAAUUAUUCAGUACAUACUUCAUCUUUAUCUCCGGAAAGGUUGCAUUGUGGGUGAUUCUGAGACCGAUGCAACAUGUAAGUAAUAGUUGUAAUUUUACAGAGAGCACGUGACAUUCAUUGUAAGAUAAAAGGGAUAAACAAGUAUAAUAAAUGUGACUUUAAAACUUCACAGCCAUUCUCUUGAUACAUCUCUGGAAUAUCCUUUAAAAUUUGGAGCAUAGGUAUUUUUCUUGCAUGACAAAAGCAAUUUACUAAUUUGAUUUAUACUAAUGCAGAAAAAGUAUAGAUCAGGCAAGUGGAUUAACUUUCUACAACUGGUCUCCUAAUCAUUGCUUCUGCAGGCUUGUAUCAAGUGUGAUGAGGAGCGGGGGCUUAUGGGCUUCACCCCACCAUGUCUUCAUAUGGGCUACAGUUAGUUGAAAGGGGCAUAUUUCUCCUGUUCUUUUCUAACAGUUGACCAGUUUCAAUGUUACAUGCACAAUUGGAUUAUGAUCAUGAUAAUAUGGGAAAUACAGCAUCUGCAGUGUUUUAUAAGCAUCUAAUUUAAUAAACCACUGGUCAAAAGGA